ACCAAACGAUAGUUUAGCUAUUGAGGAGGAGCGGGAAUUGUUUACGAAUAAAUAUAAUUUAAAAUUUUUAUAAAAUGUCUCUAUUUAAGAAGCCAAAUCGUAAAUUCAGACAAAGAGUAACACAUAGCGAUUCGGAAGAUGAAGAAAUUAAUAAAGAUAAACUUGAUAAAAAUGAUAUAAAUGAUCAAGAAAAACCUAAGCCUAAAGUCAAUCCAAACUUCGGUAAAGAAGAAAAUGAAAACACUGAUAAAAGCAAGAGAGUUGGAACGAAACUUAGUUUUCAUGAUGAGGAAGAUGAUGGAGAAGUAUUUAAAGUGAAGAAAUCAAAUUAUAGUAGGCGGUUAGCAAGACGUUUGGAAAAAGAACGAAAGAAAAAACUUGAAAAAAAUGAAGAGAUAAAAAAAAGUGAAGAAUUUAUGACUGAUGAAAUUGAUGAUCAGAAAGAGGAGAUGGUUCAAGCAGAUAAAGAUGAUUCUAUGGAUAUAUUAAAUGGUGAAGAUGCUGAAGAUAUGGAAAUAGAUUCAGAGAAUGAAGACAAUGAAAAAAAUAAGCUAUUCCAUCCUUUCAAAAAUGUUCUAAAAAGUGGUGUUAUACCUGAUGCUGCAACAAUAUAUGCUGUAAAAAAACAUAGACAAAUGGCCAGAGAAAUGGGUGAUUUUGUUGCUCUUGAUGAUACAAAAAGAGUUCAAGAAACAAAGUCAAGAUUGAUUAGAGAUGAUGAUAAUGAUCGUAGUGAUGAAGAUGAAGGUGAGGAAGGACGAAUAAGUUUUACUGUUAAUGUUGCUGCAGUUGAAAGACAAAAAGCAAGAGAAGCAUUUUUAUCUGCUCAAGAAAGAGAAGAAAAUGAAAUGGAAAAUGAAGAAGCAGAUGAACUUGAACGCUGGGAACGUGAACAGAUUCGUAAAGGUGUGAGCAUGACUCAGAUACAACAACAGCUUCAAACAAAUACUGACAGGAUAUUUGGAUAUAAUCAACAAAAUGACAAAACAGUUAAAGUUACAUCAAAUACAGAGUCAAAACCACCAAGUAGAUUGGCAAAUCUUUCAAUUCCACGUGAAAGAAAGGAUUUAACAGUUAAUGAUAUUAAGUCCAGGCUUUCUGAAAGAUUAUCUGCUCUAGAAGAAAUGUAUGCCAAUCAUCAGCGAGAAGAUGACUCAUGCAACACCCGUUUGGCCAACUCGUAUGAUCUAAUCAAUCAACUGGAGAAGGAGGGUCCUUUGCUUGCCAGCCGCUUUUCUCUAUAUCAACAGAUGCGAGGGUAUGUCACAGACUUGGUUGAAUGUCUCGACUUAAAGGUUGCAAAAAUUGAAAUUAUAGAAAAACAAAUGAAUGAAUUGUUGAAGGCCAGAGCAGAAAAAUUUGUUCAAAGACGACAACAAGACAUUAGAGAUCAAGCUGAUGAAUAUUCCAUAAUUUCUACAAAAGGAUUCCGUGGAUCAAACUUAGAAAUGUUGGAUGGUAAAUCAGUUAUCCAGGAUGAAGUAAAACUUAGAAGAGUGGCUGAAAGAGAAGGUCGCAGGAUGAGAAGAAGAAAAGCCAGAGAAAUUAAGAAUUUAAUUGUUAAACAUCAUGAUGGUAUGUCAUCAGAUGAUGAAGAAAUAGAUAUUGAUGUCUUGAAACAUAAAGAACAACAAAGUAAUGGCUGGGUGACCAAGUGGUCAAGGUGGCAGCCUACUGCUCUGGGGGACACAGGAUCAAAUCCAGACAGGUUGAAAAGCCUCAGGAAUUUUUCAAGUGAUAGUCCAUUUGGAUAUAGUGGAGCUGAUUUUGAACAAAUGAAAUGGUAUGAAGUUUUAAUAUUCUACAGUUGUAAUAAUGAAAAUUUAGAAGAUAUAGAUUCAGACGAUCCUGAUCUUAAUCUUAUACCAAGUAUUGUUGAAAAAGUAGUUCUUCCUAAAUUAACAGUUAUAGCACGUGAAAUAUGGGAUCCUGUAUCUACUUGUCAGACAUUGCAGUUGGUUAAUCUUACAAAACGAAUUAUUGAAGAUUACCCUAAUAUUAAUGGAAAAAGCAAAAAUACUCAAGAAUAUUUACAUGCUGUUAUAACAAGAAUUUAUAGGACAUUAGAUGAAGAUGUUUUUAUACCACUUUAUCCAAGAGAAUUAUUGGAAAAUAGAACAUUAGGUGCGGUGACAUUUUUUCAGCGACAGUUCUGGUCAUGUGUAAAACUUUUAAGAAAUAUUUUAAGUUGGCAUGGAAUAUUAUCAGAACAAUCUUUGCAAGAUUUGGCUUUCAACUGUUUAUUAAAUAGAUACCUUCUUCUUGCACUGCAGAAUUCACAGAUGCAGAAAGAUACAGUUGACAAGUGUCGAACGAUUGUAUCAACUUUGCCAAGAGCUUGGUUUUCUCAGUUAAAAGGAAGUAAAACAUUACCUCAGUUACAGAUGUUUGCUCGUCUUUUAAAACAGUUUGCCCAAAGUCAAGAUGAAAUACAUUUUAAAGACAUCAUCAAAGAAUUUGCACAAAUGUUAAUAACUAUUGGAGCAUUAGAAGAAGCAACUGAAUUGGCUAAACAGUUCUCAAUUAUUAAUUUAAGAAGUCAAUUACAAGGAAAAGUUUCAUAAUAAGAAAAGAAAUUUUUUAAAUUUAAAAGUCGAAAUAAACUCAAUGCACAAUAUGAA